AUGAGCAAAAGAAAGAGUCGAGGUUCGGAAUUGAGUCCUCCAUCACCAGAAAGUGGCAAAUCAUCAUCACCGGAUUUACCGGAGUUAUUUUCGUCGUCUUCAUCCUCGUCUUCAAAAUCAUAUUCAUCAAAAAUGAUUGUUCCUGAGGUAACUUCAAUGGCGACUAAACAAGAAGAUAAUGAGAAGGAGUAUGCAAAGGCAGUUACAAAAGAGAUGGUUCUUGUUGGUUGUCCUAAAUGCUACAUGUAUGUUAUGUCAUCAGAGGAUGAACCUCAGUGUCCCAAGUGUAAGACAACUGUAUUUCUUGAUCUUUUUGGAGAUGAAGAUUAA